ACUUGACCUAGAAAAAAUAAUAACAAAAUUCAUCUGGAAGAACAAAAGGUCAAGAAUUUCAAGGGAACUAAUGAAAAAAAAAAUCAAAUAAAGGUGGCCUAGCUAUACUAGAUCUAAAAUUAUAUUAUAAAGCAGCAUUCCUCAAAACCUUUUCGUACUGGCUAAGAAGUAGACAAGUUGAUCAAUGGAAUAGAUCAGGCUCAUAGGACUAAAUGGCUAAUAACUAUAACAAUUUAAUGUCUGACAAACCCCAAAAUGCCAGCUUUUGGGAUAAAAAUUCACUAUUUGACAAAAAUUGUGGAAAAAUUGGAAACUAGUAUGGCAGAAACUAGGUAUUGCUCCAUACUUAACACGGUAUACCAAGACAAGGUCAAAAUGGGUUCAUGAUCUAGGCGUAAAGAAUGAUAUUAUAAAUAAAUUAGAAGAACAUAGCAUAGUUUACCUCUCAGACCUGUGGAGGAGAAAGGAAUUUGUGACCAAAAAAGAACUAGAGAUCAUUAUUGAUCACAAAAUAAUUUUGAUUGUAUUAAGUUAAAAAGAUUUUGUACAAACAAAACUAAUACAAGAUUAGAAAGGAAGCUAUAAACUGGGAAAACAUUUUUAUAUUCAAAAGUUCUGAUAAAGGCCUCAUUUCCAAAAUAUAUAGAGAAUUGACUCAAAUUUAUAAGAAAUCAAGCCAUUCUCCAGUUGAUAAAUGGUCAAAGAAUACAAACAGUUAAUUUUCAGAUGAAGAAAUUGAAACUAUUUUUAGUCAUAUGAAAAGGUGCUCUAAAUUACUGUUGAUUAGAGAAAUGCAAAUUAAUACAACUCUGCGAUAUCACUACACACCUGUCAGAUUGGCUAAGAUGACAGGAAAAGAUAAUGAUAAAUGUUGGGAUGUGGGAAAACUGGGACACUGAUACAUUGUUGAUGGAGUUGUGAAUGAAUCCAACCAUUCUGGAGAGCAAUUUUGAACUGCUCAAAAAGUUAUCAAACUUUUUUUGGGAUUAUAUCCCAAAAAGAUCAUAAAGGAGGGAAAGGAACCCAUAUGUGCAAAAAUGUUUGUGGCAGCCCUCUUUGUAGUGGGAAGAAACUUGAAACCGAGUGGAUGCCCAUCAAUUGGAAAAUGGCUAAAAAAUUAUGGUAUAUGAAUGUUAUGAAAUAUUAUUGUUCUAUAAGAAAUGACCAACAGGAUGAUUUCAGAGAGGCCUGGAGAAUACAUGAACUGAUGCUAAGUGAAAUGAGCAGAACCAGGAGAUCAUUAUAUACCACAACAAGACUAUACGAUGGUCGAUUCUGAUAGACAUGACUCUCUUCAAUAAUGAGACGAUUCAAACCAGUUUCAAUUGUCCAGUAAUAAAGAGAGCCAUCUACACCCAGAGAGAGGACUAUAGGAACUGAGUAUGGACUACAACAUAGCAUUUUCACUCUUUCUAUUAUUGUUUGCUUGCAUUUUUGUUUUCUUUCUCAGAGUUUUUUUUUUCUUUCUAGAUCCGAUUUUUCUUGUGCAGCAAGAUAACUGUAUGGAUAUGUAUACAUAUAUUGGAUUUAACAUGUAAUUUAACAUAUUUAACAUGUAUUGCACUACCUGCCAUCUAGGGGAAGGGGGUAGGAGGAAAGAGGGGAAAAUUUGGAAUAGAAGGGUUUUGCAAGGGUCAAUGUUGAAAAAAACUUUCCAUGCCUAUAUUUUGUAAAUAACAAGACAUAAUAAUAAAAAAAAUUUUUUUAAGUUGAGUAAGUAUAUAGUCAGUGAGCAAGUACCGACCUGCCUUUAAUCAUUUCAAGACACCUGAAGAUCUGGAAGCAUUUAGUGGAUUCCAAGCUCAAUAAGAAUCAUCCAUCAUCAAGAACCAUCAAUACAAGAUUCAGAAGAAGAUGUGGUUGAAACACCUGCAGUGUUUCAUGAUGAACAUACCCACCAGGAAAUAAAGGGCCACAAAACACUAGCAACUCCUGCAGUUCGCCGCCUUGCCAUGGAAAACAAUAUAAAACUGAGUGAAGUUGUUGGAACAGGAAAAGAUGGUAGAAUCCUUAAAGAAGAUAUUCUCAAUUAUUUGGCAAAGCAGACAGGAGCUAUUUUACCUCCAUCACCAAAAUCUGAAAUCAUGCCACCUUUACAAAAAACUGAAACAGUUCAGCCUAUACCUGUACCAGUGUUAAAACCUAAAGUAUUUACAGGCAAAGACAGAACAGAGCCCAUAACAGGCUUUGAGAAAACUAUGGUUAAAACUAUGACUGUGGCCCUGAAGAUUCCUCAUUUUGGUUAUUGUGAUGAGGUUGACCUUACUCAAUUGGUUAAGCUACGAGAAGAAUUAAAACCCAUAGCUUUGGCUCGUGGAAUUAAACUCUCCUUUAUGCCUUUUUUCUUAAAGGCUGCAUCUUUGGGAUUACUGCAAUUUCCUAUUCUCAAUGCUUCUGUAGAUGAAAACUGCCAGAAUAUAACAUAUAAGGCUUCUCACAAUAUUGGAAUUGCUAUGGAUACUCAACAAGGACUUAUUGUCCCCAAUGUGAAAAACGUUCAGCUCUGUAGUGUGUUUGAGAUUGCCAUUGAAUUAAAUCGUCUGCAGAAAUUGGGUUCCACAAACCAGCUGGGAACUGCUGAUAUCACAGGGGGAACAUUUACAUUGUCCAACAUUGGAUCAAUUGGUGGUACCUAUGCCAAACCAGUGAUAUUGCCACCAGAAGUAGCAAUUGGAGCUCUUGGAGCCAUAAAGGCUGUGCCUCGGUUUAAUGAGAAAGGUGAAGUAAUCAAAGCACAGAUAAUGAAUGUGAGCUGGUCUGCUGAUCAUAGAAUUAUUGAUGGUGCUACAAUGGCCCGCUUCUCUAAUUUAUGGAAAUCCUACUUGGAAAAUCCAGCUUCCAUGCUAUUGGAACUUAAAUAAACAUUGAUUUGAAACAUUUUUGAACUUUCUGGGCAUCAGAAGAAUGUAUAAAACCUAGCUAUGCUAGAACAUGUUCUUUUUUGAAGUUUGUAUUAUGUGAAAGAUUAUGUUACAUGACCAAUAUCCCACAGUAAAAUGCAAUCUCUCUUACCAUAUUGCACUUUUAAAUUUAAUUAGGCAGCUUUACUGUAAUUUUUUUUUAAAUGUCAAAUUUUAUAAAACAGAGUGUGAUGCAUAACAUCUUAAUUUUGUACUGAGAUAUUAAAUGUAAGGGAUGCUGGCAACAACAAGACUUAACAUUACUGAAUACUAACAUCUAUAUAUACUAUCUCAGUAUGAUAUUUUAAAACUGUAUCUUAAAGGUUGGGAAAAGGAAUUUAUAUUCAAUAAUAUUUAUUUGCCUAAUAUUAAUCAUACAAAUUAUUAAAUAAAGUGCACUUAUGUUUAUCUUUAAAGAUGUUUAAUAGACUUUUAUUACUCAGUAAUGUUAUCUUCAUUCCAAUAAAUGUCUCAUUCCUUACAAAAACACUACCUUUAUCUUAAAAGGGGGAAAACUGAGAUGACUUUAAAGAAAUCCUGAAAUUUAUUUUAUAACUCAUUUUCCACUAUCUUCCUUCUCUAUUUCUACAUAUAUGAUACUGAAGAAAGAAAAGAAACUGUGCUAACUGGGUCCACAACAAAUUUGUUAAACUGAUCUCAGCUGAGCAAUCACUAUGGCACAGCAACCCUUUUGUUCUCCUCUAAUCAAUUAUUGCACUCCCCAGUUUAGUUUUUCCAAUCUAACCUCUCUGAAAACUCUUCUUCCCACCCUUUCUGCUCUCCUUGUUUCUUGCCUUACUGGGAGAAGAAAUAUCUGCCAUAAGCUGCUGCUUCUUCCUUUUCACAUUUUAGGGAUUCUAGAAAAACUGGCUUACCAACCGAUGUGAGCUGCAUGGUCCAUCACUUGGCCACAAGUGUCUUUUUAAACUAUUGCUCUGUGCCUGGAAAGUCUUCUCUCCUCAUCUCUGCCUUUGAGAGACCAUGGCUUCCACUAGGACCUAGGUCUGCUGCUAUCUCCUAUGCAAAGACUUUCCCUUUUCUCCCUAGUUGUUGGUGCUCUUUCUUCUUCCAAAUUAUUUUGUGUUUUUUGUAAUCAUAUUGUAUCCCCAAGUAGUAUGGAAAUUCCUUUAGUGUAAGAACAAUUUCCCAGUUUCUGGUUUUUUUUUUAAUUCCCAAAUUGGUAUUCCCAAUUUCUACCACAAUGGCUUGCAUAUGAUACAAGUUGGAGCUUAAUAAAUGUUGAAUAACUAGUAAAUUCUUUAAAGAUUACUAUCUAGUUCUUGAUCCUUAUAAAAGCAUAAUUUGGAGCUUCUUUAUAUCAUCUCAAAGUUGCUAAUUUAAAGGAAUAAUUUUGAGAAAUUUGAUCAUUUCUUAUAUAAGAAAAUACUGUAGUCAUUCAUUUUACAUGUAGCAGCUUAUGCCUUUUCCCUCUAUUUGGGAUUUCACUGCCUUCUUUAUUGUCCCCUGCUGAACCAAAGAUAGUGUGAUGAUGUUAAGUCAGUCACUCAGUGCUUAUUACAAAGUGCUGACAAUAAGAAUUCAUUUUGUCUUGUUCUUAGAGGAAACUAAUAAGGGAAAGACAAAACAAGAACAAUUGAGAGUAGAACGAGAGCAAGUAGAAAAGACUUCUUAAUUGGAGAAUUCCUUGUCCCUAUGGAUUUUCAAGCAGACAUGUAGAUAAGCAAUUUGUGAGGGAUAUUUUAAAAAGGGCUGAUGCAUCAUUGACCUAAGUAACCUAUAAGGUCUUUUCCAACUCUGGAAUUCUAAGAUUUUAGAAUUUAAAGUAGGAUAUUAUUGAGCAAUCUAAUAGAUUCCCUCAGUAGCAUUUAAGGGAGCAUAAGCUAAUGUUGACUUAUAUUCAGAAAUACAAACUUAUUUUAAUGUUUUGCAGUUGCAUAUCAAGUGCCAAAUAUGUUGACUCAAAAUUUGUGAUAUACAAAGACAGGCUUCAUUCAUGGUCAUAUUAAAUUCAAAUUUUGAUUUAUAGUUGAAAUGAAAAUUUGUAAACCACUUUAAAAAAAUCUGAGCAUAAGAGGAGAGUUCACUUUCAAAUGUAUACAAAUAGAAUAGUUUUGCACUUAAUUCAUUAUUGAAAAGGAUAUUGUAUUGUAUUAAUUGAUUUAAAAGAAAAUUACAUGUAUCUUUUGGAAUGGGAUUUUUCAAUAAAAUUUUCAAUAAUC